AUGAAUAAUCAACAAGUUGACCAACCUGCCCAAAUAGUUGCCCCUGCUGGUGCUCUCCCUGCCGAUGCUCCGCUUGCUGGUGCACCUCUAGUUGAGGUUGUUGUUGCCGCUCCUCCAGUUCCAGAAGUCCCUCCUGCUAAGCAUGCUCCCCUCGGUGCUCCUGCUCCUCUUGGUGGUCCUCCUAUCGGUGCUCUGGUCGUAGCCAAACCUGCCCCUCUUGUCCCUCGUCAGAUAACAGUGCACUACGCUAACAUUGACUUUGACAUUACUGUCAACGGCAACACGAGGUACAGAGACAUCCGAGCAAGAAUUCUCGAGAAUCCUGAUAGUGUCAACUUGCAUAACUUGCGCAAUCUCCAAGGUUGUGUCAUCGAGUACCGUCCAGCUGCAGUUAAUGCUGCUGUGGCCAACUCCAAUGCUCUGAUCCCUGUGGGUAUGAACCACGUCUACAUCACAGAACCACUUGAGCAGCUCUCCGACCCAGAAACCCUCCUGCCCCCGAUGUCAAUCAUCUUCCUCAGCCACUAG